CGUCGCUCAACCCUUUACUCACGUCCCCCAUGAUGGCCAACAUUGAAGACCAGAUCAACCAUGGAGCCAUAGCAGCCUACGUCUCCAAUGUUUCGCCCAAGGCACCAGAUUCCACGUCCUCGAAGUAGGCUGGCUGGAAUACGACGAAGGAUACAUCCUCCUUGGCGGAAACUCUAGUGUCAAGAGCACCCAAGGCCUUUCCUCCGUCAACAAACGGCGAGAAUUAUCCAUGUACUGUAUACUGAUCGACCAUUUGCAAGAGGGUCUCAUACUCUCGGAAACGGGCUGCGGAAAGGGCUAUCCUCAGGUUUGGGGUCCUGGUCUGUCGGACGUCUUCGCACGUGUGCGCUAUGAACCGCAGCACGAGCUCCGAGCGGCCAUCGCGGCGACGGGCCAUAAUGUUGAAGACGUUAAAAAUGUAAUCAUAGGGCACUUACACCUGGAUCAUGCGGAGGGGGGGUUGGGGGUUAGGGGUUGGACGAAUUCUUGGACCGAAAAGAUGUCGAGAUUUGGGUACAUGAUAAGGAGCUUCGGUCUGCGUUUUGGACGGUAGCGAAGGGGGCUGAUGUCGGUGUCUACCUGGAGAAUUACCUCAACUUAGGCCUG